GUCGUAUCCCCAUCUCCGACGGAAUCAAACAGUUUUCUGUUCACCGGGACUUUUUACCUUGUUGGAUUUCUUGAAUCCCAACAAGAAAACCCUAAAUUUGGUGGCGGAUUUGAGCAGGGAGACGGGAUCCUCUGAGAUUUAGGGUUCAUGGCGUCGGAAGAUUCCAUCAUCGGCACCAACGUUCCCUUGAAGAACAUCUCGUUGGAAGGGGAAAGUGACAGCUGGUUGGUGGGGUCCGCACGGUCGUUGCAGCUGGAAGCUGACGUCAGCUUGAAAUCGAACUCUCCCUCUUCUCCGUCGCCACCACCGCCGUCGAAAUCAGAAUCGGCGGAGGAAUCCCCCUUCCUCUGCCCCUCUUCCUUGUUGUCGUCGUCUCCCACUUCCCCAACCGCAAACUCCAAGUCGAAGAAAGUCUCAUUGUCGUCGGCAGGGGUUCCAUCCUCGUCGUCAGUGGAAGGCAGCGGAGUGGCAUUGUCAUCAAGGAAGGCGGAAAUGACAAUGGUGGAAAAAAUGAAAUAAAAUAAAAAAUAAUUUUUUAU